GCCGGCGCACACCUGCUUCAUCCACUUGCCCUUCCUCCGUUUACAGCAUCUAGCCCAGUCCGCCCUUUAUGAUACUAGCCAAAACACAGUCGUGAGUGUUAGGAGCCCGGAAUCUUCGAGAUGGCGCCAAUUAGACGACACCGAAUAGACCGUUCAAAAUCUCCUGCUACGGGACCUUACACAAGGUCACGCUCGAGCCUGCAAGGAGCGCCAGCGGCACAGACUCGUCUUCAGUUAUCAUCCAGCCGCAAACAACCUUCCGGGAAAGACGAAGUAGCUGGGAUAAGUAAGCCUCGCCCCGUUACGUGCCAUACCUCCUAUCCCCAUCAUGUUCAACAAGUGGCCAUACCACAGCGCAGUUCAUUGCGCCAUGCGCUACGCGAGAGCCAGAAGUUAUUCGAUGAAAAUCCUUCCAUUCCUAUCUCAGUUACUCCAGAUUCGGCACCACCCAACCUUCCAGUUCCGGGGCAAAUGCCCAAACAUUCAGCUCAGAGCGCUUCCAAAGAUAUUAGUACCGGCAGCGCUACCACGCACCUUUCAGGGCCACCUCACGUUCCAGCCUUGAGAUUAAACCCCCAGCGUAGUUCUCUUCGAAGAGCAAUCUGUGAGAGUCUAAAGGCGUUCGCCUCUGGCGAUGGGGAGUCCGGCCCAUCAACACACCUCCCAAAACUGGACUUGGCACGAUCCAGUGCACCAAGUCCAGAAUCAAUCGAAAAGCGACAGCCUCGAAGACAUACUUGGCUACCCUCGAGGUUUCAACGCAUGACUGAAUUGACCCCUACUCUACCCCAACGAAGCUCCCUUCGCCGAGCUAUUCGUGAGAGUCUUCGUGCGACUAUACAAGGAAGUGACCCUGUUGAUCUCACACCAGCCGUCGUAAUCUCCGCUGAAGAUUUCGCCUUGAAAGACACGGUUGAAGCGCCUCUGCCAAGAUCAGAGGUUCAAGGCGGUAGCAUUGUCUCGACGCCCGACUCGCCGGAAAGCACUUUGAAUGCGCCACUGACUCCUACCAAGAAUGUGGGUGCUGCGGAACUCGUACCGGAGAUCAGCUGCACGCCGUCCACCUCAUCCGCUAAACCCUCCCUGGCACCUCAUACGCCCGCACCACGGGAGCUAGUGACCGUUCUACGACCUCGGAAAAAGCUGGUUUCGGAAUCGCGUUCGAUGACCGACGCACGAUCGUCGCCUACCCCGUCGAAUUCACUAUCAUGUCUUGGCACGACUACAACACUGUGCAAUGAUGUAAAUUCUAUUGCCGAAAACCAGAUUCCAGAUCAGCAUUCCUCGGAUCAAAGUGCCCUCGAGAAUGGAGAAGUGGGCAGGGAGAAAUCUGGUUCUGAGGCGUCAUCAACACGUAAAGGCUGGCACCAAAUUUGUGAGAUUAUCAAUGAGGUCCCGAGUGGGCUGUAUCUGGUUGAGUGGGAGGGACGGGAUCCGCGCACUGGAGUAAAGUGGCCGGCGUCUUGGGUAUGUAUUUCCCAUACCUCACCUAUUAUCCCUGCUUUAUGAUUAGGGUAGUAUACGAACAUCUCAAGAAUGAGUUCUCGACGCAUUUCUUUUUUAAUUUCAUUUUCUUCUUGUCUCAUACACACACAUGCACAAUCAUUCCCUCUCUAUUCUAUCAUACAAAUCCCUUAAUUGUCCUUGGAUAAUC